GGGGACCGCCCGCGCGUCCAGGACCCUCGAGCGCAGUUCUCCAGCGCGCAGUCCGCUGGCGCCGCGUCCUCCAGAACAAGCGCCUUCCUUAUCCUUCCCGCGCAGUGGCCAAGGCGCGCGCAUCUUUCUCCAGCGCAUCCGCUGCAACCAUGGCCACCUCCGCGCGGCCCGCCUUCCUGGUCAUGACCGCACUGGCGCUGCUGCUUCUGCUGUGCGUGGGCCCAGGAGGCAUAAGUGGAAACAAACUCAAGUUGCUGCUUCGGAAACGAGAAGCCCCUGCUCCCACUACGACCCCGGUGGCUGUCCAGGAGAGCAGAGCCAAGGAGUUCCUGAGCGGCCUUAGGAGGCCCAAGCGGCAGCUGUGGGACCGCUCGAGGCCGGAGGUGCAGCAGUGGUAUCAGCACUUCCUAUACCUCGGCUUCGACGAGGCGAAAUUUGAGGAUGACAUCAGCUAUUGGCUGAACAGAAAUCGGAAUGGGCACGACUACUACGAUUACUACCAGCGCCACUACGAUGAGGACGCGGCCAUUGGCCCCCGGAGUGCCCACAGCUUCCGGCACGGAGCCAGCGUGAACUACGAUGACUACUGACCACCCCUUCGGGCAGGUUCAGGCCGUGGGCUCUGCACAGCACUCGGGCUGUGUCUGCCCUGUCUGGUCUUGGCCCAUCUUCCGUACUCGCUUUCUCUGGCCAGAAAGGAAGCAUUAACACAGAGAAUAUAAAGGCCUUUCGAGAGUCCAUGCAAGUUCCUAACACUGCAUUCCAUUUAAAACUAGAAAUAAAAGCAUUUGGUUUAAAAGUCUGA